CCUGUAUCCGGUUUAAUUAUUCCAUGCCCAUAGGUCGCCAUUUGCAUUUGCGAUUUACAAUGUUCUGUCGAAUUGCCUUAAUUUGUUUGUAAUAUUUGAAAUCGGACGUUUACAUUUUAGUUUUCAGUUUUUGAUACCCAUUAAUAAAAAGCGAUCAGAUUAUUCAAAAGUUAAUUUUUGGAUAAUUAUCAUUCAAACUGAGCAGACUUAUGAAAAGUUCCGUUGAGGGUUAAGUGAAUAUAGAGAAGCAAAAUGGAACCUAGAGGAAGGGGUCGAGCUAGAGGAAGGGCAAGGGGAGCCCCUCAACAAGGAUCACAAGGUCCUCGUCCUGGUCCACAAGGUCCUCGUCCUGGUCCACAAGGUCCUCGUCCUGGUUCACAAGGUCCUCAAGGCCCUCGUCCUGGUCCACAAGGUCCUCAAGGCCCUCGUCCUGGUCCACAAGGCCCCCGUCCUGGUCCACAACAAGUUCCUCCUCAGCAGAGGCCGGCACCUGUUCUUCAAGGCCCGUGGAACCGACCUACCUUACCUUCGCAGGCACCCCAGCAGCCUACACCAACUCAGUGGGUCAGGCCACCACAGCCCAUCCCUACACCUUCAGCUGGUAGGGGAUCCCGUCUCGGAGCUGGUGAUUCAAGUGAUGUUGUACCUUCGAUGGAACAAGCAGGAGGACAUCAAGGAGCGGGUGAGGGAUCUCUUGAACAGGCAAGAGGAAGAGGUGGUGGAAAUGGAGGGGUGCGUGGUCGCACUCUUCGUAAUGAAAUUAUUUUCACCAGGCCCAAAUCAUUGAAUACCAAACAAGGUACGAGUGGGAAGCCAGUUAUGCUCAUGUCAAAUUAUUUCCAACUAAUGAAAGCUGGGAAAUGGGGUUUAUUUCAGUACAGAGUAGAUUUCAAUCCUGAUGUAGACCACACUGGCCACAGAAAACGUUAUAUGAGUACGGCUAUGCGAGGAUCGGGCAUUAAUGGAUACCUAUUUGAUGGCACAGUCAUGUACACUACACAGAGAAUCCACCCUGAUCCAUUGGAAAAACUUGUGGACAGCGAUACAGGAGAAAGAUUUCGAAUAACUAUUAGACUUGUUGGUGAUGUUGCAUGGGGAGACUAUCACUAUAUACAGUUAUUCAAUAUUAUAAUAAGGAAAUGUCUCACAUUCAUGAAGUUCCAGUUAGUAGGCAGACAGUACUUCGAUCCUACAAAUAGGGUUGCUAUUCCCGAAUUCUGUUUAGAGUUGUGGCCUGGAUUUGUAACUUCAAUGAGACAACAUGAAAAUGAUAUUUUGUUGAAUUCUGAUCUAACAUUCAAAGUUAUGAGGCAAGACAAUGUCUAUGAUCUAAUGUUGGAAUGCAGGUCUUCAAAUCAUCGUGCAGAAUUCCAAUCGAAAAUUAUAGGCAGUGUAGUUUUGACAUAUUACAACAAUAAAACAUACAAAAUCGAUGACGUCGAUUUUCAUACAUCUCCCGCCUCCACAUUUCCUAGAAGAGAUGGAAGCAGUAUUUCAUUUGUUGAAUAUUACAGAACUCGUUAUAACAUCAACAUACAAGUGUUGACACAACCUAUGUUAGUUUCGCGAAGUAAACCACGAGAAAUUAGAGCCGGCAUGCCUGAAACUGUACUUUUGAUACCCGAACUUUGUCAACUGACUGGUCUUACGGAUCGCCAAAGAGAAAAUUUCCAGCUGAUGAGAGCAUUGGCGGAUCAUACACGAGUUGGCCCGGUCGGACGAAUUGCGAAGUUACGAGAAUUCAGCAACAGAAUGCAAAAUUGUCCAGAAGUUAUACAAGAACUUCGAAACUGGGACCUUAAUCUUGCUAAAGAUUUGAUUAGGUUCCAAGGUCGAUCACUUCAGCAGGAGACUAUUCUUGGUGGUAAGCAUUUUUCUGAAUGGCGUGAAGAAACCCUUCACCGAAGUCAUCAAAGCCAACAUCGGUGA